AUGAGAGAAAAUUAUUCUGAUUCGGGAAAACAAAAUUUUAAACGUCAUUUAUCUGGGUAUUUUAAAAAUCAUCUUGGAAAAUUUAUAGGUCAAAGACCGGAACAUGUUCAUUUUGUUGAGCAUCCACAUUCACAUCCACAUCACGGACAACAACAAAUUGAACAAGUUCAUUAUGGACAACAACCUAUAGGUCAAGAAGUUGAAGAAAUUAAUUUUGGAGGACAAUCCAACGUUGGACAAAGAGUCGAAGAAAUUAAUUUUGGUUCAAAUCCUUUUCUUAAUCACGUCGGUCAAGAAGUGGAAAAUAUAAACUUUGGACAGCAUCCCGUAGGUCAAGAAGUGGAAAAUAUAAACUUUGGACAGCAUCCCGUAGGUCAAGAAGUGGAGCAAAUAAACUUUGGACAGCAUCCUGUGGGUCAACAAGUAGAACAAAUUAAUUUUGGGCAGCAUCCCAUCGUUGGACAACAAACAGAAGAAAUAAAUUUUGGUUAUCAUCAUCAUCCUCAUCAAGGACAAAAAAUCGAACAAAUAAAUUUUGGACAACAACCUGUGGGUCAAAAUGUGGGAAAUAUUAAUUUUGGAAAUUCUCAUAAAUAUAAUGCUCACAAUCAAGAAAAAUUCCUUUUGGGUUAUCAUCCUAAAAAACCAUUUUUGCCUUUUGCUGACAAGUUAAAAAUUGGAGAAUCAUCAAAUAAAUUAGUAAAAAAAUGCGAAGCUGUUUGUUACGAUGGCUAUCAAUUUUCAAAAGAUGCAAAUAAAAUGACAUUUGUGUGUAAAAAUAAAAUUUGGACCGCAGUGAACCAUAAUGAUGAAAAUACUACUCCUUAUUGUAAACCGAUUUGCAUGCCUCCAUGUCAAAACGAUGGGAUUUGCAUUGCUCCAAAUCAAUGUCAGUGUUUAAAUAAUUACGAAGGUCCACAAUGCCAGUAUCACGACGAACCAUGUAAAAAUCAUCCUCCAGUUUCUCUCAAUUCUAAAAUGAAUUGUUCAUCAAGAAAUUGUGUUAUUGAGUGUUCUCCUGGUUAUUCCUUUCCUGACAAUUCAUUAUCAACAACAUUGACAUGUCAUCAAGGAGAAUGGACAUUGACUAGAAAGGAUUGGACCUCUCUACCAGAUUGCAAACCUUCCUGUGACCCUCCUUGCAUGAAUGGAGGAGUUUGCUUAGAUUUAAAUAAAUGCCAGUGUCCAGAAACUCAUGCAGGAUUUCAGUGUCAAUAUGAAAUAUCUGCUUGUGAUGGUGAAAAAUUAAAUUUUAAUGGAUUUUACAACUGCCACGGAGAAAACGAAAAAGUGACGUGCACCCUUAAUUGUCCAGAAGGCCACGAACCGGAUGCUGAUUUUGCAAGCGAAUAUGUUUGUCAUUAUUCAACUGGAAAAUUUUUACCCGAACCCGUACCUAAAUGUGUAUAUGGUAAAUUCAAAUUGAAUAUUAUUUUGGUUCACAUAUUAAAUUAUGGUAAAAAUGUUGAAGUUCUUCAGUUUUCUAGUAGUUCUAAUGUUAUUGGUAAGGAACCCAUUGAUUUUGAUAUUAGUAAAACAGAAUAUCAUUUAGAACCUCAGACCAUUCCAAAAUCAGGAGAAUGUACCACCUGGAAUGGUUCUCAUUAUAAAACAUUUGAUGGAAAUGUAUAUAGUUUCGAAGGAGAUUGUUCUUAUACCUUAAUUCAAGAUGGAGUCGGAAAUGAAUUCAAAAUUGUAACGGAAAAAUCUUCAUGCGUAUCAAGCGUAUGCACACGAACUUUAAAAAUUUUUUACCAAAACAAGAAAUAUGUAGUUCACUAUAAAGAUUUACGUCUGUAUAAAAUUGCGCUUGUCCCGACCUCUAGUGAGUUUUUUAUUCAUUAUCUGAAAGCGCUAGCGCUUUUGGCGAAAUUUUCAUGUGAUUAUCGGCUGGGAGUGGUGGUGUACUCCUGUAAUCCAACUACUAGGAGGCCUGGUAUAGAGGAUGUUUUGAGGGCGGGGGUCCUGGGGUUGGAUGCCUCACGUAGACUAGGCGUCCGCACUAAGAUCGGCAUCAACAUGGAUAAAAUACCCGUUUUUGCUGUCGAUAACGAAGUUAUGAGAGUUCCUGUUCAAUUAGAUGGAUUUUUAAUAGAACAAAAACGAAAUCACAUCGUCAUACAAUUACAACUCGUCGAUGUUAAUUUAUUAUGGAGCGAUGAUGAUCAUCUUUCCAUAAUGGUAAAUUCCAACAUGUGGAACAAAACCGGUGGAUUAUGCAGCAACUUCAACAGCAAUCCAGCAGAUGAUUUUCAAAUUUCUGAUGAUUUGACAUCUUCUAAUUUACAAUCGUUUGUCGACACCUGGAAAAAUGAUAACGUUGAAGAUAUAUUUAACUGCAAUCCAACAAUUGAAGAACCAGAUACUUGUACUGAUGAGUCAGCUAUUAAUUACUGUGAUAAAGUUUUUAAUGAUCCACAUUUUGAAAAAUGUUUACAGAUUGAAUUAUUUAAAAAAUAUAAAAAUGCAUGCAUUUGGGAUGUUUGCAAAUGUGGAAAAGAUUGUGCUUGUGAAACAGUUAAAGAAUUUGUAGAAAGUUGUAAAAAUUAUUUAAUAAAUGAGGGUCUCACUGAUACAACAACAAUGUGGAGAGAAAUAUCUGAUUGUCCCAUUGUUUGUCCUCAUGAUAAAAUAUAUUCAGCUUGUGGACCUUCUGUUGAACCAACUUGCGGUUCAAUUAUAUCAAAUGAAAUAUCUAAAUAUGGCGAUUGCGUCGAAGGAUGUUUUUGUCCAGAAGAUAAAGUUGUCGUCAACGGAACUUGCAUAAGCAGGGAAAAUUGUCCGUGUCAGUGGAAAAAAAAUUAUUAUGAAAAUGGCGAAAAAAUACAAAAAGAUUGCAACACUUGUGCUUGUCAAAGUGGAGAAUGGAUUUGCACAAAUGUUAAAUGUGGAUCCAGAUGCUCUUCAACCGGAAACUCCCAUUUUAGAACAUUCGAUGGAAAAAGAUAUGAUUUUACCGGACAAUGCUCGUAUUAUUUAAUCAAAUCUAAAAAUUUUAUCGUCGAAAUGAUAAACGUACGUUGUUCUUCCGACUUAUUAUUUUCAAACGAAGUUUUUUUCGGUAAUGCGAUGAGUCAUUCGAUAUGUUCAAAAGCUGUGAGAAUCGUUCACGGAGAUAACGAAAUAAAAUUAAAAAAAAAUAAAGAAAUUUUUAUCAACGGAGCUGAAAUCACUUCUCUUCCGUCGGAAAUAGAUGGCGCUGUCAUUCGGUCGACAUCAUCCAUUUACGUAGCAGUCACUUUUCCCGAAGGAUUAGAAAUAUUGUGGGAUGGGGAAAAUACAAUAUACGUUGAUUUACCAGGAGAAUUUGAUGAACCGACAGCGGGUCUUUGUGGAACAUUUAACGGAAAUCAAAAAGAUGAUUUUAUUACUCCUGAAGGUGAUAUAGAACAAUCUCCUACCGCAUUUGCCGAGAAAUGGAAAACCGAUGAAACUUGUGAUGACGCAUUAGAUCCUCUAAAGCCACAUCCAUGUGAUUCUAAUGUGCAAUAUAAAGAUAUUGCUGAAAAAUACUGUCAGCAAUUAAAGUCGGAAAAAUUCAAAGCAUGCCAUCAAAAUGUGGAUGAAGAACCAUUUUACAAAAAUUGUCUCGAUGAAAUAUGUGCUUGUCAAAAAGAUUUAAAAUCUUGUUUUUGCCCCAUAUUUGCGGAUUAUGGUAAUGAAUGUUCAAAACAAGGAAUAGACAUACCCUGGAGAGCUGAGAUAAGAGAAUGUGGAUUACACUGCUUUUCUGGUCAGACAUAUCAAUCUUGUGGAGAUAGUUGUACAAGAUCUUGUCGAGAUAUUGCUUUAUUUAAUGGUACAUGUCACAGUAGUUGUGCAGAAGGUUGUAAUUGUCCAGAGGGAUUUACAUUAAACUCGAAAAAUCAAUGUAUUCCUGUUUCAAAAUGUCCAUGUAAUUAUCAAAACAUUGAAUAUAAAGCGGGUCAAGAUAUUAUUAUGGAAAGUAGCGAAGGCCCUAAAUUUUGCAUGUGUGAGAAUGCAAAAUGGUCAUGCAGAAUUGCGACAAAAUUGGAAAUUGAUAGGAAUUAUGAAAACAGUCCUCUAAAAUGUAAUGAAAGCUUACACGAAGAAUUUACAACUUGUGAACCUGCAGAGCCCAAAACUUGCAAGAACAUGCAUGAAAAACCAAAACACACAAAUAGAAUAUGCUUCCCUGGUUGUGUGUGCAAAAAAGAAUAUGUGUGGGAUUCCAUUGGAAAAAAAUGCGUUAAUGCAGAAGAAUGUCCUUGUCAUCACGGUGGAAGAAGUUAUGCGGAUGGAGAAAAAAUUCAAGAAGAUUGUAACACUUGUACUUGCGAUAAAGGCUUAUGGACUUGCACGACAAGAGAAUGUGCGUCCGUUUGCAGCACUUGGGGGGAUUCUCAUUUUAAAACAUUUGAUGGUAAAGUUUACGAUUUCGAGGGAUCUUGCGAAUUCGUUUUAGCUGCUGGAACUUUAUCUAAUCAUGAUAAUUUUUACAUAAGUCUUGAGAUUGUUCCAUGUGGCUCAACUGGAAUUAGCUGCCCCAAAACAAUUACUUUAAAAGUUGGAUCUUCUGAUAAGGAAGAACAAGUAGUUUUUAAAAAAUCUGAUCCUAAAAUAUCACAAUCGGGAUUAGAGAGAAUACACGUCCGAGAAGUGGGUCUUUUUGUUUUUGCCGAAAUAUUUGAUUUGGGAAUAACUGUGCAAUGGGAUAAAAAUACCAGAGUUUAUGUAAAAGCUGAUUCUAGAUGGAAAAACAGGGUCAAAGGAUUAUGUGGAAACUUUAAUGAUAAUGAAAUGGACGAUUUUAAAACUCCUACCUCUGGUGAGACGAGUGAAGUUUCGCCCGUUAUUUUUGCUGAUUCGUGGAGAGUACAAACUUACUGUCCGGAAAUUCAUCCGAUAACCGAUACUUGUAAAAUUCGUCCUCACAGAGCGGGAUGGGCAAAUGAAAAAUGUUCAAUUUUAAAAUCUGAUUUGUUUAAACCUUGCCACUCUGAAGUACCUUUUGAAUCUUAUUUUGAAAGAUGCGUGAUUGAUACAUGCGGUUGCGAUGAAGGAGGCGAUUGCGAAUGCUUAUGUUCAGCUGUUGCCGCUUAUGCAGAAGAAUGUACCAUCAGAGGAAUACCAAUCAAAUGGAGAAGUCAAUCUCUCUGUCCCAUGCAGUGUGAUAAGGGUUUUAAUUAUAAUCCCUGUGUUUCUGCUUGCCCUGCUAAAUCAUGUGACAAUCAAUACCGAGGACUUGCUCUUUAUGAAACUUGCACUAAAGAAUCUUGUGUAGAAGGUUGUGAUGUUCCUCAGUGUCCUGAAGGACAUGUAUUAGCCGAUGCUCUUUCUGAUAAAUGCAUCCCUAUUUCAUCUUGUAAAUCAGCUUGUCUGACUAUUGACGGUGUGACAUACUUAGAAGGGGAUUUAAUUGAAAGUGAUGAUUGUCAUUCAUGUUUUUGUUCCCAUCAUAAGAAAAUUUGUACUGGACAAACUUGUAUGAAAGACAUCGGUACAACUGUUAUCGUACCGCAAGUGUUCAAUUCAACUUUAGAAGAUGUUUAUUCUACCACGCCAUCAUCGGCAUCAAGUUCAAAAGAAUUACUAGUUGAUUUUAUUUAUUUAAUUUUAGCAUGUCAGUUAGGUGAAAUUUGGGAUGAUUGUAUAGUCAAAUGUGAUCAUGUUUGUCAUCACUUAAGUGUACCUCUCCGUAACAAUCAUCAGUGUUCUUUAAAAGAUGAUUGUUUACCCGGGUGUAAACCGAUUGGUUUUGAAUGUCCCUCAGAAACGUUCUUAAGACACGAUUUUACAUGCGUUUCUAAAAAAGAUUGUCCUUGUGUUUCAUUCAGCGGGUCUCUCGUUAAGCCUGGAGGUGUAUUAGAAGUCUCAGAAUGUGAAAAAUGUCAAUGCAUUAAUAAUGAAUUUGAAUGUAUCAACACUUGUUCGCCUGAUGACAAUUUCACAUUCGCAGGAGAACGUAAUCACAAUUACACACGUAUAAAAAACACUAAAAGUCCUAAUUUAGAUUUUGCGGAAGAAGGAAACGUUACCCUGAUAUAUUUUACUACCCCUAAAGCACACUCUUCUCAAAUUUCUUGCCCUUCUAAAAAGUACGAAUCUUUAAUUAACGAUUUUUGUAAAUUUUCUUCUGGUAUUUACGGGGAUGAAUCUGGUUCACCCAAAAUUGAGCAAAUAAAAACUCAAGACGGGAAAUGGGUAGCCUCAUCCAAUGAUUUAGACCAAUUUUUACAAAUUGAUUUGGGAAAAGUAGAACCAGUGCAUGGAGUAUCUGUAGCAGGGGUUUUAGGAAAUUAUGUAACAAGUUACAAUUUGCAAUAUAGCGUAAAUGGUCGUAAAUUUAUGAAUGUUUUAGAUGAAGAGGGAAAAAAAGAAAUUUUUGGCGGCCCUUACGACGGGCAAACUUCUGUAAAACAAGCUCUUAAAGUACCAAUAGAAGCUAGAUUUAUCCGUUUUGUACCGAUUUCGUGGCAGAAAGGCAUUGGAUUAAAAGUAGAUAUUUUAGGCUGUAAAGAUUUAGAAAAUCCAACAACUGAACCAUCUAAAACAACGGUUUCUUUGGAAUAUUCAAAAACGUAUUCUCCUGUACAAAAACAUCCAGUAACUACUCAAUCUUCGGUUGUACAUUCUCAUACAAGUCAAUCAUCAGUAGAACAUGGUACUACUUCUUAUCCUUCAGACAAACAUCCAUCUAUUUCAGAAUACUCAUCAACAGCUCAUUCAAUAAUUCAUUCAACUAAGAGUCAUCUAACAGAGAAUCAUGAAACUAGUUCAUAUCCUUCCCGAAAAUUUACAGAAAAUCCUCAUCAUUUCUCUUCCGUUCCUCAUUCUCCAGAGCAUUCUUCAACACCGGCUCAUCUAAAAGAAGGAAUUACAUCCACCAUUAAUCCUUCCGUCAAAUAUUCGUUUCCUGCUUAUUCUAUAAAAGAUUCUACCCAUCUUCCAACAAUUCAUCCUAUUCCAGAAAAUUUACUGAAUCAUCCAUCGACUGUUCAUCCUCACGAAAUGCCUUCUACUGCUCAUUCCAUUAAAGAUCAUCCAUCGACUGUUCAUCCUCAUGAACUAUCAUCUACUAUUCAUCCUCAUAAACUGCCAUCGACUGUUCACUCCAUUAAAGAUCAUCCGUCGACUGUUCAUCCUCACGAAAUACAUUCUACUGUUCAUUCCAUUAAAGAUCAUCACCCCUCGACUGCUCAUCCUCAUGACGUGCCAUCUACUAUUCACUCCAUUAAAGAUCAUCCGUCGACUGCUCAUCCUCAUGAACAACCAGCAACUACUCAUCCCCAAAUAUUCCCAUCUAUCCUUCACUCUUUGGAACCCCAUUCGACACCUGAUCAUUCCCCCCAAGAUCCUCUUCUAAGUACUCAUUCAUCUGAAAUUCAUUUUACUACUGUGCAUUCUCCAGAAAAAUAUUCAACGUUAAUUCAUUCAUCAGAAAAAAUUCCAACAGUUCAAUCUAUAAAUAAGCAUACCACAACUAUUCAUUCUUUAGAGCAUUCAACAACUCCAUCAGUAUAUUUCACAACUACGUUGCAUACGACGGCAGCACCACCACCCAUCUGCAAUAUUCCUAUGGAUAUUGGAAAAAAUAAAUAUCCGAAAUUAAAUGUCAUUGCAUCUUCUUCGAAACCACAUGCCACUCCGAUCAAUUUGAACUUAAACAGUGGAAAAGGCUGGCAACCUCUUACCAAUUCAAAAUCCGAAUGGGUUCAAAUUGAUUUCGGAGAUUACGCAAAUAUAAGUGCAAUUGUUACAAAAGGUUUACCACAAAUAAACGGUGUAAAAGAGUCCUGGGUGGAAAGGUAUAAAGUUAAAUACAGCAGUGAUUACCUAAACUGGAAUCCCAUUCUUGAUGAUUUUGGAAAUGAAAUGAUUUUCAUGGGUAACACGGAUGCUGAAACUCCUCGGAAAAAUUAUUUCAAACUACCUAUUCAUGCCAAAUCUAUGAAAAUUGUACCUGAAAAAUGGCACGAAAAUAUAGCUUUAAAAUUAGACGUUAUGGCUUGUUACAAUCACACACCGGUAUUAGAAGAUUCUGAAGUAACCGAAGAACCCAAAUUUAAAUGUAACAUUUGCAAAGGUGCUUUUCACGAUGAUGUAGAUGAAGAAAAAUGUAAAUGUGAUGAAAACGAAUGGUGGGACGGAGAAAAAUGCGUUGCACAUUCGGAAUGUCCAUGUUAUGCAGGACUCAUAUCGUACUCCGUCGGAACCGCCUUCACCACCGAAAAAUGUGAAGAAUGCAUUUGCAGAAUGUACGGUAUACCACACUGCGUACCUAAAUCUUGUGAUGAUUGCCCCGAAGGAUUGUUUAAAGCUCUCACGCCACUGUGUGGCUGCACUUGUAAGCCUUGUGAAGAAAAUACUCGGCUUUGUCCGACAUCAAAUUAUUGUUUGGACGAAGCUUAUUGGUGCAAUGGCGUUCAAGAUUGUCCAGAUGAUGAAGUCAAUUGCACAACCAUAGAAAUUCCAAAAUUUGAGCCUAAACCGAAACCCUGUGAAGCAACUUGUCCUCCAGGUUAUAACAUCGUAUACAGAAAAAAAGUAACUGGUCCAUCCGAAGCUGAACACAUGAUCGAUACUAAUUACCGACCUUUAAAAUUCCAAUCUAAAAAAUCCGUUAAAACUUAUCGGGGAUCGAAAAAAUCAAAGAAAAGAAAUAAACCAGCGAAAUUGGUUGAAUGUCCGCCCUAUGAUUGCGUACCUGUAGAAGAUACAACAUUCGAUUGUAUGCCUCCGGAAUGUCCAAAUGAUUACUUGGUGGUAGAAGAAGAAUUUUCAAAAGUCGAAGGAUCGUGCCCGUUAUACACGUGCAAACCAAUUCCGCGUUACGACAAUUGCAGCAUUUCCUCUCAAAAUAUAAAAACGUUUGACGGAACCGAGUACAAAUAUGAUAUAUGCGAUCACGUAUUGGCACGAGAUGAUCGAGGAUUGUGGAACGUAUCAAUGAUUAAAAAUUGCGAACAUAUGUCACCUUGUGUAUCGAGUUUAUUAAUUCAACACGGAAGUCACACGAUCGAACUUCAUCCACAUAAUCGAACAAUUAAAUUUAAUUCAUUUGUCUUUUCCGAAAAUCACGUAGAAUUAUUAAAUUCAAAAAUCGAUGAGCUAAGUAUUUAUCCCGUUGGAAAUUCAAUUGUUUUUACAUCACACAUUUACGGAUUUGAAAUAAGAUAUGACGUGAAUGGAAACGUUCGAAUAACGGUUGUCGGUAAACACAAAGGACAUUUGAACGGUUUGUGCGGUUUGUACAACGGACAUCCUCAAGAUGAUAAAACGCUUCCGGAUGGUAAAAUAUCCAAGACCACCGUGGAUUUUGGAGAUUCCUGGGUAAAUCCAGGAGCCAAAGAAUGCGUGGAAACUGUUUGUCCGAUGGAAAAACAAAACGUUGCCCUCGAAAUAUGUUCUUCUCUGAGGAAAGAACCAUUUUCAAGUUGUCCGACAAAAUUCAGUUUGGAACAUUGUAUUGAAGAUGUUUGCAAUUGUUUGAUAGGGAAUAAAACGGAAGAUGAAUGCAGGUGUGAUAAACUUUCAGAGGUUGCUUCGCAAUGUACCAAUCCUGAAAUGUUUGGUUGGAGAGUCGAACACGAUUGUCCGUCAUCGUGUCCUCCGAAUUUGGUGCACUACGACUGCUAUCCUUACGCCUGUGAACCAACGUGCGGAAAUGAAGAAGAGUGCGCGGAGCCAGCAACGGAAUGUUUUUCCGGUUGCUUUUGCCCCGACGGAAAAGUUAAAAAAGACGGCCAGUGUAUAAAAGUACCAGAUUGUCGAGAUUGCGUAUGCAAGGGAAUGGGAGAUUCCACUUAUCUUACUUUCGACGGCGCUUUAACAUUUAAUGGAAAUUGUACGUAUCUUGCAACGAGAAACAAAAACGCAUCGGGUUCGUCACAAUUCGAGGUUUACAUAACGAACGGUUUAUGCAAUCAAAGCGAUUACAUGACUUGCACUCAAAAAAUUGAAAUUAAACUUGGUGGCAACUCUAUAAAAUUGAUGUCGUCCGAAGAAUCGCCACAGAUGGUAAAUAUAUUGAUCGAUGAUGUAAUGCAAAAUCCGAUAACUCUUCGAAACGUUGGAAAUUGGGCAAAAGUUGAUUAUAAUCCUGGCACAUCUUCAGUGACGGUAAUUUUACCCAAACAAAAUUUGGAAGUUAAAUUUUUUUACAAAAGAUUUGCAUUCAGCAUAAGCAUGCCUUCUCAUUUCUACAGCGAUAAAGUGGAAGGUCUUUGCGGCACUUGUACGGAAGAAAUGGUAGAGUUGGAAAAUAUCGAUGGACCUGAAGUUUGGCAAACUGAUCCCGAGGAAAAAUGUUUGAUCGAACCUCCAAUUCCAUGUGCGCCAACAUCAGAACAUGAAAAAAUGUGUCUUCUCAUGACCGAUAAAGAUCUUUUCGGACAGUGUUUAGCUUUUGUGGAUCCGGCACCUUUUAUAGACAGAUGUUUAGAAUCUCUUUGUCUGAACGGCCAUAUUUGCAACAGCUUAGAAUCCUUCAGUCAAGCUUGUAGGGACGUAGGAAUUUGCGUAAAUUGGAGAUCAAAUGAAUUCUGUCCUUUUACUUGCCCAUCAGAUCUCGAAUAUCAACCUUGUCACAAUGGAUGCACGGAAACUUGCGAAGACUUACUUGAAAAGUCGGAAAAUUGUCAAAAUUCACCAAUAGAAGGUUGCUUCUGUCCUAACAACGAGAUUCUUAUAAAUGGUACAUGCAAAUCGGAAAAAUAUUGUCAAUAUUGUGAUGAAGAAGGAGGACAUUUUGAAGACGAAACUUGGCAAGUCGAUAAAUGUACAAACUGCACUUGCAAUAAUAAAGUAAUCACGUGUAACAACAUCAAAUGCCCUGUCGUCGACAUUGUUUGUAACGAACACGAAGAACUCGUCGUCGACGAAAGCGAUACUUCGUGUUGUCCACAACACAAAUGCGUUUGCAAGCCCACCGACACGUGUCCAAAAGUGGAAAUGCCCGAAAGUGGUUUGGGUCCGGGUAUGAUAGCAGUCAUGAACGAAACGGGAUGCUGUCCUAAAUUAGAUAUCAUGUGUCAAAAGCAAUCUUGUCCGGAAACGAAACCGUGCAAACCUCACUACGUAAAAAAAUUUUACAAUACAACGGAUUGUUGUCCCGAACAUUAUUGCGAAAAACCUUCUCACUUAUGCGUGUAUGAAUUAUCCGACGCCAAACAUUCCGUAGGAGUACAAAGGAUAACAAGACAAAAUAACGAAAUAAUCGUUAAGGAGGUUGGAGAAAGAUGGACGGACGGUCCUUGCAAAAUAUGCGUUUGCAUGGAAAAAGAUGGAGUCGCCGAAGUUGUUUGUACGAUAACCGAAUGUCCGACUUUAACCGAACAUCAAGAUUUCGACGAAUACGAAUUGGAAGAAGUGUACAAUCCCGAUAAAUGUUGUCCAGAAAUUGUAAGAAAGAGUUGCAAGCAUCACGGCAACGUUCAUCCGGUGGGAGAUGCGUGGUUGCCGGACGCGACAAAACCUUGCGAAACAUUUAAAUGUAAUAAACUGGAAGAUGGACAAAUAAUAAAGGAAACAAGAUUGCAAGUUUGCAACAAAGAUUGCGAUAUCGGUUGGGAAUACAAGCACAAAGAUGGCGAAUGUUGCGGUCAGUGCGUGCAAGCAGGAUGUCUGGCUGAUAAUAAAAUAUACAAAGACGGUGAGAGUUGGCUAUCCGAAGAUGAAUGCGCCAACAACACUUGCACGGAGAAAAAUGGAAUCUUUUCGAUAUCGACACAAUUGGAAAGUUGUCCAUCGAUAGAAGAUUGUGCAGAAGAAAACAUUUACAAAGAUAAAUGCUGCCUAAAAUGCAAAAUCACAUCGGACAGCCUAAGGAAUUGUGUGCCGAAACCUUUGCCACCGGAAACAACGAUUCAUUUGAUACGUGAAAAUAAAUCGGCUCACGGUUUGUGUCACAAUUUGUUACCUUUACAAAAUUUCACUCAAUGUUCCGGUAAUUGUCAUUCGCACACUCAAUACGAUCCAGAAAAUUUAACUCAUAAUAAUAUUUGUAAGUGUUGCCAACCGGAAGAAUUUUCAUUUCUCGCCGUCGGAUUAACUUGCGAAGAUGGUACGGAUUACACGAAAACAAUAACGGUACCAUCGAAAUGUUCUUGCCUACCGUGCGGCGUUUAA